GUUAAAAAGCGCUGUAUUAUAGCCGGUCGCUCUUCAGUUUUGAAAUGUGGAACGGAAUCCGCCUAUGGUCGGUAAAUUUUUCUAAAAUGAAUCGUGAUUUUAAUAUCAUUCGAGCUACUCCACUUUUUCGAUAUCGAGAAAUGAGAUUCGCAUCGCUUCUCUUUUCACGGUGGAAUGUUUAAAGUUUCCGACGCCGCUACAUCGCAUUCGAAUCCGCGUUUAUUACCUUAUUUCAGUCUGGUUUUCGCACGGUCGUCGAGAAAAACCGCGCACGAUCUUCUCGAUUUCGUUUAGACGUUUUCUUUAGUUUUGAUUUUGUUGGCCGUUUCGAUAUUAAACGCCUCCGCUCGAUGGAAAUUUAGUCGUUAUAAACGCUGGUGAAAUGUUUUGUAAAUUGUGAUAGGCGACUCAAUCAAAAUGGCCGAGACGGUGAAGAAGUCUAGAAUAGUAAGUGAUGAAGAGGAAAAUCUUGAGGCCGCUUUAUUGGAAGAAUUUAACACGAGGCUAAAACAUUGCAUGAGCAAAGACGACCUGCACGACGCCGACGACGUCGAAACCUUCGACAUAAACGAGUCGUCCAGCAAUAACGCGAAACCCCGUCCGAAAAACGGCGCAGCCACCGACGAUUUCCUGCGCCACGAGCGCGAGCACGGCUACGACGUGCCGGCCUCGUUGCUGAAGAACGGCGGCCGCCAGAACGGCCACGCGACCGCCGAAGCCGAAGAGAACAUUUACGAAACGCUACCGGAACCGGAAAAGACUGAACCGAUGGACCAAUACGUCGACGAAUCGCCCAAAACGCCCAAAACGCCCGCGUUUAAUCUCAACCUAGACCUAAGCCCCAACAUCGACGUGGACAGCCCGAACGAGGAGCGACCGGGCGUCGCCAGGAGCCCCGACGACGGCAAGUCCGUCAAGGAUCGAAUGUUCCUGAUGGCCGACGACGCCGCCGCCACGCUGCUCUUCACGCAAACCGUCACAUCGCCCAUGCUCACCCCUUCCGAAGAGAACAUCGACUUCCUCAAAGGCUUCCAAAGGGAAACCACCAAUUCCGACGAAUCGAAUUCCAACGAAUCCCCGCACAAGGAAUCGAACAGCAACAGCGACGCCGCCGACGCCGCCGCCCCAUUGACGAAACCUACCGAAAUAGUCUACGAAAAUGUCGACCAGAAACCGCCGGAGAACAUCUACGAAAACCUCAAGGAACCCGUACAGGAGAACCUCUACGAGAACCUGCAAGAAGCGCACAACGGCACUGAAGACUGCAGCGCAUCGGCGGAAGAGGACGAAACCGACAAAUUCAAAGACCACAUCUACCAGGAGAUCGAGGAGUACCCGCGCAACGGCUUCGACGCCAAAGACGAGCUGAUAGUGGAGAACAACCUGUACAACAAAUUCGAACACGGCGACGAGCACAACUACGAGGAGAUCCGCGAGACGGGCCAACCCGACGAGGAGGACGCGCGCGUCGACGAGUCGUACUCGGAGUUCCUCUACCACAGCCGCACCGAGAGCAAUUACUACGGCAAGUACGCCGAGGUGGCGGCGAAGAACGCCGAAAUCAACAACAGGGAGAAGGACACGGAGACCGUGCCGCCGGAGAUCGUCAAGAACUUGAAGAGCCAGUUCUCCAAAGUCAUACCGGACGUCGUGAACGUCACCAAGAAGGAGAUGGACGACGUGGGGCAACUCAAGAUGGUCAAUAUCAUGAAGCAGAUUAAUAAAUUCGAGCUGAAGCAAACCGGCGAUGGCGAGGGCGACGGCAACAGAAACGGCGAUGGAGGAGUUUACGAGGAAAGCACUGUAACAGAAACGUAUUCUGAAACAACCACCAUUCAGUCAGACGCGCCCGAAGAGAAAGUACUUAAGAAAAAGAAGACGAAAAAAUCGAGAAAGGAAGAAAAAGAGAAUAUAUCAGUCAACAACAUUGAGGUAGUUAACGGGUUCUACUCCUAUAACGUUAACGUUAAGAAAUUGUGUAGAAGUUUCGUGGAGAAACGGUUGUCCGAAGAUAAAAACGUGGACGUGAAAAAUUCAGGGCGAACUAAGUCUUUCUCUGAGGUCUUGCUUGCAUCUAACAUAAAAAAUAUCGAAAACGUCUUCUCGGAAGUCUCAGUGCGAGCGCUGAAAGAAAAGUUCAAUAUCAUCGAAAAUAAAAAUCCCUUGGGAAUUGUUAAACUGUCGUUCAAAAAUAAUUAUCCGAAAUCGAGUUUUAGCAAAUUCGACGCCCUACAGAAGAAGAAUGUUCUUCACAUCAGAUCUUCGGAUUCCGCUAAAGCGCAGGAGAAAUUUAAUGGCGCCCAAAUCGACAUGACGAAUUGCAAGGCGUGCUCGAAGCAGGUCUUCCAAAUGGAGCAAAUCAAAGCGGAGAAGGCGGUGUGGCACAAGAACUGCUUCAGAUGCUCGGAAUGCAGCAAACAAUUAACCGUCGAAACCUACGUCAGUCACGAGGGUAAUUUGUAUUGCAAACCACAUUUCAAAUCCCUGUUUGCACCAAAAGUCGUCGAAGAUGAUACGCCAACCAGCGACAAGCCGGAUUUAGGGCUCGAGGAACUGCAAAGCCUCAAUGUCAAGGAGAGAUUCCAAGUUUUCGAACACUUCCAAUCCGAAUCCCAAGACCUCGACAGAGGUCCGGUCAACGUAAAGAAGAGCCCGUCGAUCCUCUCCAAAUUAGCCAGGUUCCAAGCGAAAGGCAUGGAUGUAGGAGUCACCGACGACGCCCUCAACGGCAUCCCCAUCGAGGAGUCCUCUUCGGACGAGGAGGAGGUGGAGGAAGAGGUGCCCGAAGGCGAGGACCCCACUUUGUACAGGGCCAAGAAGGUCCAAAAGGAGAAGCCCUUCCAUUUCACCAACCUAAGCGAGGUAAAGAACAAGUGGGAGCACGGCGAGCAGACCACCAAAGACGAACGAAGGGAGGAACGCAAGCAGGAGAUACAGUCGAUUAGGAAUAAACUAUUUUUGGGUAAGCAAGGGAAGAUGAAGGAAGCCUACCAGCAGGCCGUGAUGCAAUCGGAGUCUUGCACGAAUCUCGUCAAGUCGGAGAAAAUCGAAUCAUGUGAUACGAAAUCGAUUAAGGAAAGAUUCGAAAAGGGCGAAUUGACCGCCGAUAAAGAACUAAAGGCUGGAGAGGAGGACGACAACGAAGUCUAUCAAAGCGAGAUAAGCAAGAAAUCGAGAUCCCUCUUCUUGGAAAUGGACGCCAACGCGGCCAAACAGCCACAGAGCGUUUCGCCGGUUUCCUCAACUAAAAUAGACAUCAAAAAGGCACGAGAAGCCUAUUUGGCGAAACAAGCGCCCGAAGACGUGGUGAGAUCGUCUGAAGCUGAAGAGGUAAUGGAGGUUAAAACGGCCGACAUACAGGAACGGUUUAAAUUUUUCGAAACGUACAGAGAACCGGAAAAGGAGCGAAAACGGUUCCGGAUUACACCGCCUAGGGACCCCACCCAAGUUAAGAACGAUACGCCCGAUAGAGAAAUUUACCGCGACCCGGAAAUCGUCAGGUCGGAAGAUACGGUAGACGACUCGGAAGUCGCCAAAGCCUCUCACACCGCUUCUAAAAUGCUCAGCAAAUUCAGGCAGAUGGAGGAAAGCCUCACCAGGGAACCAGAACUUGCCGGUCCCAAGCCACUGAAAAGGUUUACUCCACCUCCUGAACCGACCAGACAGGAAACCGAAAGCGAAGAGGAGUCCGCCUCGGGCGAGGAAAACGACGAAGAGGAGGAAGAAGAAUUGAGCGAUUCGCAAAAGUUACCUGAGGAUUUAAUCGAGGCGCAGAAGGCCGCGAGGGCGAAGCAACUGAGGGCAAAAUUCGAGAAAUGGGAGGCGCAGGAAAUGAAGCGGGAACAAAACCAAUCGGUGAAUAUUUUCGAGGAGUACGGCGACGAAUCGCAGGUGGAAUCGACGAAAUCAUUGAGGGCGCGUUUUGAAUCGAUGCGAGAAACUAGUUCGGAUAAGACGAGGACGCCCCGCGUAAAGGUCAAUAGGUUUGUGCCGCCGACCAAUUCCACCGAAACAUGCGAAGGGUGCGACGAGAAGGUUUACCCCUUGGAGAAAAUCACCGUGCACGGCCAUGUUUAUCACAAAAAAUGCUUCAAGUGCAUGGAAUGCUCCGCCAUUUUAAGGAUGGACACUUACUCGUACAACCAGGGCCUGCUCUAUUGCACUCCUCAUUUCAAGAGGCUCUUCAUAUCGAAAGGGAAUUACGACACAGCUUUCGGCCUCAAUCAGCACAAAGAAAAGUGGAAUGUAAAUGCCUCAGUCGCGUAACGACUUUAAUCUAACGAGUUUAACGUUAAUAGCUGCGUAUUUUCGGGCGCUGUAUUUUGUACAUAAGCGAACCCGUAUGACGAAUUUUCGCCUGGAAAAUUUUUAAUAUAAUUUGUGCUUUUUUGUUGUGCGCGCGAAAAAUUUUAGAGAAUUGUUUGUAUGCGUAGAUCGAGCUUUGUAAAAUGUUUUUUGUCGUUUGAAUAAAUGAAAUGUUGUCUUGAUUGUUUCGAUAAAAUCGAGCUUUUUGUAUUGUACUAAUUCCUAUUUAUAAUAGCGAUGCGUUAAUUGCGCGAUAAUUAUUGUUAAGCGAUGAUUAAAAAUCGUUUAAGGAACGUCGAUUAUUUUGUAACCGCUAUUUAGCUGCUCGCUGAAAUAUUUUUAUUGGAUAAAAAUAUGUUCAGGGAAGGUUUAAAAAUGUUUGUAAAUAAUUAACGUCGCUUCUGAUUUUUUGCCUAACACAUUUAGUUAGCAAAUAAAAAAAUCGCUUCUAUUCUUAUAAAGAUAGGGUUAAGUUUGUAUUAAGUACACUUUAGGUUAGAUAUACAAAUAUCGUAUUUUUUAUUACCAUUUAUGUGAUUAUAUGCAAUAAAAUUUUUAUUAUAAUUA